GGAUGCCCUGCGAUGCCCACACCCAAUACCUCUGCCCCCCUGCCCGCAUUCCGGGGCAACACCUCUGGAGGCAGUGUGCUGAGCGCUGAUGAUGCUGCGAUGCCUAUUGAAUUCCUAGUGCUGAGGGUUGUGGUUGCCCUGGCCUAUGGGCUUGUGGGGGUUGUCGGCUUGCUGGGAAACUUGGCCGUGCUGUGGGUGCUGGGAAACUGUGCUCGGCGAGUUCCUUCCGACACUUUUGUCUUCAACCUGGCUCUGGCAGACCUGGGGCUGGCACUCACUCUCCCCUUCUGGGCAGCUGACUCGGCACUGGACCUCCACUGGCCCUUCGGAGGUGCCCUCUGCAAGAUGGUCCUGACGGCCACUGUCCUCAACAUCUACGCCAGCAUCUUCCUCAUCACGGCGCUGAGUGUUGCCCGAUACUGGGUGGUGGCCAUGGCUGCAGGACCAGGCACCCACCUCUCACUCUUCUGGGCCCGCGUGGCCACCCUGGCAGUAUGGGUGGUGGCGGCCCUGGUGACACUGCCCACGGCUGUCUUUGGGGCCGAGAAUGAGGUGUGGGGCGUGCGUCUGUGCCUGAUGCGCUUUCCCAGCAGGUAUUGGAUGGGGGCCUACCAGCUGCAGAGGGUGGUGCUGACCUUCAUGGUGCCCCUGGGCAUCAUCACCACCAGCUACCUGCUGUUGUUGGCCUUCCUGCGGCGGCGGCGACGGCGACGGCAGGACAGCAGGGUGGUGGCCCGCUCUGUCCGCAUCCUGGUGGCCUCCUUCUUCCUCUGCUGGUUCCCCAACCAUGUGGUCACUCUCUGGGGCAUCCUGGUGAAGUUUGACCUGGUGCCCUGGGAUAGCACUUUCUACAUCAUCCAUACCUACGUCUCCCCUGUCACCACCUGCCUGGCACACAGCAACAUCUGCCUCAACCCUGUGCUGUACUGUCUCCUAAGGCAGGAGCCCCGGAGGGCCCUGGCAGACACCUUCAGGGAUCUGCGAGCAAGACUGUGGCCCCAGGGCCGGGGCUGGGUGGAACAGGUGGCCCUAAACGAGGUAGGCAGGCAGUGGGUUGGAAGCACCCCCCCUGAAAGUGGCCCUUCUACUGUGCUCACCAAAUUGGAAAAAGGGACAACUGGGUGA